AUGAUCAACGCAUUAUCCGUGAAGGUUUCGAAAACCGUACUAUUGAUCGUGGGACUAGUUAACGUGUUGAUCUUGAUCCCUUUACUAUUACUCUAUAAGCAUGAGGAUGCGAAAUCCCUUUUAUACUCAUCUACGGCAUUCAAGAAGUUGGGACAACACCUCGAUCCUCUCAUGUAUACUAGUGAAACCUAUCGCCAAUGGGGCUGGCACCUCGAACCGGCAAAUGUCAAAUUUCGCUUUACGAACCCCAUGGGUAAAAGUGGUUCCCCUGAGGAAGUAUUGGAAAAUAACAAGGCAGUGUACGAAGCUGAAUUGGCAAAAGAAGUCACAGAACCAAAAGAUAUCGAUCUCACCGAUUUGAGACCUCCAGAUAAAAAACACAUUGAUCAAUAUGUUAGGGCCAAUGCCACUAUUAUUGCACUCGUGCGCAAUCAAGAGAUGACUAGUAUUCGCAGAACGAUUCGGCGCUUUGAAAAGUCGUUCAAUUCCAAGUAUCGCUACCCCUAUACCUUUAUUAACGACGAACCGUUCACACAAAGAUUCAAAGACAAGAUGGCUCAAACAACUGAAGCACCCUUAAACUUUGUUGUCAUUCCUCCAGAGCUCUGGGACAAACCCGAGUUUAUAGAUGUGACUAGAGAGCUGGAGGCCAUGAACAUUAUGGCGAAUCACAAUAUAGCCUACGCUAAAAAAGCGUCGUACCACAAUAUGUGUCGAUUCUACCUGGGAACUUUUUACAAUGUUCCUGAACUCAAGCAAUUCAAAUACUACUGGCGUAUUGAACCAAAUGUCGACUUCUUUACCGAUGUUCAGUAUGAUGUGUUGAAGUAUAUGGAGAAGGCGAAAAAAGUGUACGGAUUCACUGUGAACCUUUAUGACAUUGAUGAAACGGUUGCAACCUUAUGGCCAGAAACGUUAAACUUCUUGAACCAAGGAGACAAUUACAAGUACGUGAACCCGAAUGGUGCCCAUCAAUGGUUGCUUGAAAAUAAGCAGAACCCCAAGAAGAAUCUGGUAGCUGGUGGUUACUCAACGUGCCAUUUUUGGUCAAAUUUCGAAAUUGGUGAUAUGGACUUUUUUCGGUCGGAGGCCUAUAGUGAAUGGUUCAAGUAUCUUGAUUCCACUGGAAAAUUCUACUACGAGAGAUGGGGUGAUGCCCCAGUACACUCGAUAGGAUUGGCACUUUUUGCCGAUAAAAGAGACAUUCAUUGGUUCCGUGAUCUUGGAUACGAACAUGACCCAUACUAUAACUGUCCCAACAAUCCAAAAACUUCAAGAUGUACAGCGGGUAAAUUCAGUCGAUGGAAACACCUUGAUGAUCAAAACUGUAUGGCAAACUGGUUUCAAUUGCUGAUGAGUAGUAAGGACACUUCAUAUUUCGAAGAAUAG